AUUUCCUUUCAGUUUUAACCAUAUCACUGUGUCUGAAGCAGUUUGCACUCAGUUUGUCAGAAGAGCUACUUUCUGUUUUGAUGAUACCUAUAUCUCUGAAAAAAGACAUGUGUGAUAAUCUAGUUGAAUUCUAAGAUGUUUUACUUAGAAGAUGAUAGUGAAGAUGAGGAGAAGGUUCCUGAAGGCUCAUUGAGUAAAACUCAAGAUGUUUACCAUGUCAAGGCCCCUCCUGGUAUCUUGUCUCAAACCAUGAAUUAUGUGGGACAGCUGGCUGGGCAGGUCAUUGUCACUGUGAAGGAACUCUACAAGGGCAUUAACCAAGCUACCCUCUCUGGGUGCAUCGAUGUCAUCGUGGUGCAGCAGCAGGAUGGCACCUAUCAGUGUUCACCUUUUCAUGUUCGCUUUGGGAAACUGGGAGUCCUGAGAUCCAAAGAGAAAGUGAUUGAUAUAGAAAUCAACGGCAAUGCAGUCGACCUUCAUAUGAAAUUGGGUGACAAUGGAGAAGCUUUCUUUGUGGAGGAGACUGAAGAGGAAUAUGAAAAACUUCCGGCUUACCUUGCCACCUCACCAAUUCCUACCGAAGACCAGUUUUUUAAAGAUAUUGACACCCCUUUGGUGAAAUCAGGUGGAGAUGAAAGACCAGCUCAAAGUUCAGACAUCUCACACAUUUUGGAAACAGAAACAGUUUUCACUCCAAGUUCUGUGAAAAAGAAAAAACGAAGGAGAAAGAAAUGCAAACAGGACAGUAAGAAGGAAGAACAGGCUGCUUCUCUUGCUACAGAGGACACAUAUGAUGUGGGUGUGAGCUCUGAUGACGAAAAGGGAGCUCAGGCAACCAGAGGAUCUUCAAAUGCUUCCUUAAAGGAAGAAGAUUAUAAGGAACCUUUGCUCUACCAUUCUGGAGAUCACUACCCCUUAUCUGAUGGAGAUUGGUCCCCCUUAGAGAACACCUAUUCCCAGGCAGCAGGUCCUAAGAGUGAUUCAGAGCUGGAGGUGAAGCCCACCGAGAGCCUACUCAGAUCGGAGUCUCACAUGGAGUGGACAUGGGGCGGGUUUCCAGAGUCCACCAAGGUCAGCAAAAGAGAGCGGUCCGACCAUCAUCCUAGGACAGCUACAAUUACACCGUCAGAAAAUACCCAUUUUCGGGUAAUUCCCAGUGAGGACAACCUCAUAAGUGAAGUUGAGAAGGAUGCUUCCAUGGAAGACACUGUCUGUACCAUAGUCAAACCCAAACCCAGAGCCCUGUGUAAGCAGAUGAAAGAUGAAACUUCUGCAGCAGAACUUCUCGAACCUCCUCUUGAGAAUCCUCAGAUUUCAUCUAUGUUAGAUGCAGACCAUCUUCCCAACCCAUCCUUAAUGGAGGUGCCCUCAGAAUCCAAACCAGCAUCUAAAGUAGACUCACCGUCAAAGAAGAAAGGUGUUCACAAGAGAAGCCAGCACCAGGGACCUGAUGAUAUUUACCUUGAUGACUUAAAGGCUCUAGAACCUGAAGUUGCUGCUCUCUAUUUCCCUAAAAGUGAGUCGGAUCCUGGCUCCAGACAGUGGCCUGAGUCUGACACGCUCUCUGGCUCCCAGUCCCCGCAGUCUGUGGGAAGUACAGCUGCUGAUAGUGGCACUGAGUGCCUCUCAGAUUCAGCCAUGGACUUGCCCGACGUCACCCUCUCCCUUUGUGGGGGCCUCAGUGAGAACGGAGAAAUUUCUAAAGAAAAAUUCAUGGAGCAUAUAAUUACUUAUCAUGAAUUUGCAGAAAACCCUGGACUUAUAGACAAUCCUAAUCUUGUAAUACGGAUAUAUAACCGUUACUAUAACUGGGCUUUGGCUGCUCCCAUGAUCCUUAGCUUGCAAGUAUUCCAGAAGAGUUUGCCUAAGGCCACAGUUGAGUCCUGGGUCAAAGACAAGAUGCCAAAGAAAUCUGGUCGCUGGUGGUUUUGGCGUAAGAGAGAAAGCAUGACAAAACAGCUGCCAGAAGCCAAGGAGGGAAAAUCUGAGGCACCACCAACCAGUGAUCUGCCAUCAAGCGUGAAGGAGCCGGCCAGUGCCAGCAGGCCAGCUGAAGAUGACUCCUCCAGUGACGAGGGGUCACAGGAGCUUGAAGAAUCGAUCAGAGUGGAUCCCCUCCCCACGGAGCCCCUGAGCCACAGCAGUAGCACAACUUCUUAUAGGAAAUCUCUUCGACUCUCCUCAGACCAGAUCGCAAAACUGAAUCUCCAUGAUGGCCCCAAUGAUGUUGUGUUUAGUAUUACAACCCAGUAUCAAGGCACCUGCCGCUGUGCAGGGACCAUUUACCUAUGGAACUGGAAUGACAAAAUCAUUAUUUCUGAUAUCGAUGGAACAAUAACCAAGUCUGAUGCUUUGGGGCAGAUUCUCCCACAGCUGGGUAAAGACUGGACUCAUCAGGGAAUAGCAAAGCUCUAUCAUUCCAUCAAUGAGAAUGGCUACAAGUUUCUGUACUGUUCGGCCCGGGCCAUCGGCAUGGCUGACAUGACCCGUGGCUACCUACACUGGGUCAAUGACAAGGGCACGAUCUUGCCCCGGGGUCCUCUGAUGCUAUCUCCCAGCAGCUUGUUCUCUGCCUUCCACAGGGAAGUGAUAGAAAAGAAACCAGAGAAGUUCAAAAUUGAGUGUCUAAAUGAUAUCAAGAAUCUGUUUGCCCCGUCCAAGCAGCCCUUCUACGCUGCCUUUGGGAACCGUCCAAAUGAUGUCUAUGCUUACACACAAGUCGGAGUUCCAGACUGUAGAAUAUUCACCGUGAACCCCAAGGGCGAAUUAAUACAAGAAAGGACCAAAGGAAACAAGUCAUCGUAUCACAGGCUGAGCGAGCUUGUGGAACACGUGUUCCCACUUCUCAAUAAGGAGCAGAAUUCUGCCUUUCCCUGCCCGGAGUUCAGCUCCUUCUGCUACUGGCGAGACCCGAUCCCUGAAGUGGACCUGGACUACCUGGCCUAAGGUGGUACCUUGGCGGGCAGGCAAUGGGGCCCAGUUCCUCUCCCCACAGCAAAGGAAGGUGGAUAGCCCUUCUGCUGACCUAGACACCAGCUUUCCCAAGCAGAGACAGGGGCACUUAGAGCUGGCACUGCCAUCCUUCUUCGCCUUUCCAGGCCAGCUGCUUGGCCCAGCCACCCUGGAUCUCAGCACCUGGAAAGAGAAGGGAAGGGCUUGGCCUGGAGUUGGAGGCCUGGGCUCCCUCCCGUGGGAACCACACACGUGCUUCCUCUUGAGUUGUGUGCUGAGUACUCCUUCCACUGCAUGAUUUAAAGGAAGAAAUGGAAACUAAAAAAGAGUGGACCAAAACAUCACACAAAGUAGAGUGUUACAGUUUCCACUGGGCCAUUGAGAUGGUCUCACUCUAUAACCAAGGCUUUCCUCAGAGGGCCUGAUCCCCUGAACUGCUCUAGGUCCAGUUAGUGAUGUUGGCUGAAACUGCCUGUGCACAUUUCUCCUUUGGGCACCUCGUUUCCUGCUUCACUGAAUAGGACAGCUACUCCUGUGGGCUGAGUUGGGAGAUCCUUAGGGCCCAUGCACCAGAGCCAUGAGCCCAGCCCCACAGAUGUGGGCUUCUGGAGGAGAAAAAUCCCCUUAGAGUAUCUUCUCAUCUGUGACUACUCCACGAUGAGAGACCUUUAUGCUUCUUAGACCUCACCAGAAAAACAGUUCUUACAGGUGUGUAUUUGAUGUCUGUAAUAAAAGUACUAAUGGUAGCAAGUUUGGUUUAAAAAAAAAUUCCAACAACUGUUUUCAGGGAGGCCUCAGAUAGACAGUUGUGUGGGGUCCUGGGAAGAGUAUUGUAUCCCUCUGCCUGUUGCCUAGCUUAGGUAGGCCUUUGGGUGUCUUGCUUUUUGACAGGAUUUCUAAAAUAUGCUGUGGUGCAGAUUUGCCAGGGAAGUAUAAUGAAGCUUGCCUAAAGGCCACUAGCCGGUGGCAUUUGGCUUUGUCUUUGGAAUCCACUAUAACAAAACCUGUGGAACCCAAGUAAGAGAGGGGUCUUGGUACGCCUGUUGAGCAGACUAUUCCUUAACAGUGUCCCCCAGCCCACGUUCGACCCUGCGUCAGUCAGGAGACUCAUAUGGUCAGCAGUGCAGACCUAUGAGACUCUGUGAGGGCACAGGGGUGCCCAUGUGUUUUCAAUAAAAUGUACACGGCAGCUCCAUUUAGUGGCCUGGUUGUUAUGAGCUCAAGUCAAGGGUCUGAACACAGCAGCAAGGAAGGAGUAUAUGCUGUAAGCCCCUCCAGAACUUGUGGUCUGCUGGCUGUUGACAGUCACUGAGAUAUUAACAGCAAGAGAAACUGUCAGAAAGGAGCCUAAGAAAUGACCCCAGGUCGUAGUCCCCAUUCGUGAGAACACGGGAAGCAGAGGUUCCUGAGCAGAGGGAGCAGCAGGUACAGACCCUCGCUCUUGGGAUGGUUCAGUCCAACUCUCCAUGCCCCUGCUGUGGAAGUGGGGACCUUGCUUAUUUUAGUUCGUUUCGCCUAAGGUGAUACUGAUCUAGAGGUGGAGAUACAGGAUGGCUAUCUUUCCAGAUUGGAGAGGUGAAAGUCCCUGACUGCUUUCAGCCAUUUUUCCCAGUGCUAUUGGAUGCAGAGACAAUGUUAAAAUCUGGGAAGCACGUCUUCCCAGAGAAGGGACAACACGAGCUUUCUUUGGUGCAGACUUUCCCCCCUUAAACUGUUCACAAGGAUGAACAGUUUAAUGAGUUUAUUCAUAUACCAUAGGUUAGGGAUCCUGGGUUCUGUUCAUAUGAAGUUCUGCCCAGCUAGUGAGUCAAAGUUCUAGCAGAGCAACCAUACACCCACUUUGUUUCAUAGAUGCCAUUAGUGCAUCCCCUCGAUUGUCUUCUAUUUAGAGGAAGAGUGAAAGCUUCAUGUGCUUAACCUGAGCUUAUAGUAGGACUUCUUUACAUACGUGUGGUUCUGAAAAUCUUAAUAUGCAUUUUCUUUCGUCCGUUUUAGGUUGUCCUGUAAAAUUUUUUUGGCUAGGUAGUUUGUUUCUUUUUCUUAACAGCUAUCUGUGGACACAUGGGCCUUCUUAAAGAGUCCAUCCUAGGACCCAGAUCUCCCAGCCCUGUGUUGAAGGUGGCUGGUCCCUUUGUCCUGGUGUCCAUUAGCACUAGACUUUGUUGCUACAGAUUGAUCCAGUGGGUACAUGGGCUAAUUAACAUGAGUCUUUCCUUGUUUAAAGGAGUCCUUCUUGCUGAAAGUAGAUGGUUACUAUUGCUGUCGUGUUAUGAAAGUAUUAAGUUUGUGCUGAAAAUCCGUUGCCAUUUGGUACAAAUGACAUUUGUUCUUUCUAUGAAAGAGAGAUGCUCUCAAGUGUGUUUGUACACAAACCCUUAGGAUGGUGAGUCAAAGUAUCACCCCCAUGCUGUCUUCAGUGACGGGUGAUGUCGCAGAGAGAUUGCAGGCAGAUUGGGCUCCAUGUUGUUCCAUCAGUUGCCCAUUGGUGAAGUGGCCCCUUCCCUCUGCAAUGCAGUCUCACUCUAGGAUUUGCUUUGCUGUCCACGUAUCGAAGCUUGUCCUGUCAAGUUGCCACCUGCCGAUCUGCGACUGUGUGAGGCGCUUGCGUGGGCCUGGAGCAUGCAGGCAGCUUCCGCGUUUGAGUACUGUGUUUUGCUAUGUUUAAAAACAUCUGCAUAGUUUUCGCCUGGACAAAGAAAUUUACAAGUGUGAUGUCCUAAAACGAAAGCUGCUAAAAACUUUGGGGAGAACAACUGAGAAAGCUGACUAGCAGCCCGGGCCAUGCUGUGCCCUUGAGCUGCCCUUGGCCUGUCGCCGCAUGGCCUUCCCAUGGCUUGCUCUUGAGAUGCAGGCAGGACCUUUGACAGAAGAAACAGUUGGAAGUCAGCCCUUCCACCUUACAUGAGGUGAUGAAAACAGACUUCAGGGAGUUUCAUCUUUUUAAGUGUCAUCCUGGGCUUAAUAAAACUGGUUAAAAAUUGAGUUUUUCCUUAAAGUAAGUGCUCUUUCCAGGUGAAAACUACUUUUUGGUUUGGUUUGGUUUGAAAGUAAGAAAGGGAAGGGAAACUUUACUCUUUUAAUUUAAUAAUUAUGUUCAGCCUAUGAUGAAUUAUUUGAUUAUUAGACAACAAUGUCACUAAUAAGUUUUAAUUUGUCCAAAAUUAAUUGUAAACAUCAGUACAGUACUCUUAUGGUAAAGACAAUUGUCUUAAGAUGAAUGGCUCAUAUUUUGGUGCAGUGUUUGAUGUUAAAACAAAAUGUUACAACAAUAAACAAACAUAAACUGAA